GUCUCUCCUUUUCACUCGAGUUUCUCUCUCUGUUUCACUGGCUGCAAUAGAAGCAACAAGUUUCAGGAAGGAGAUGCAAGGGGAAUAUGACACGUCUCCUUAAACCGGCUGGUCAAACAGAUAGUUUUGACCGGUCAAUGGUAAAAAAAAAAAAACAGAUCGAAGCCUGUAAAGUGUUUUGUAACCGUUCCAUGUUGUUUAUAGAGAAGACAAAAACUGAUGAAUCAGGCGUGAGUUCUGUUCCGCUAGGGUUUUGAAAGAGCAGCCAGUGUAAGACGGCGAUGGCGAAGGCCCAACAAGCGCUUCCUGAGGAGCUGAUAGUGGAGAUUCUGUCAUGGGUUCCGGUGAAGCCUCUGAUGCGUUUCAAGUGCGUUUCCAAAACUUGGAACUCCCUCAUCUUCCACCCCACCUUCGUGAAAUUGCACCUUCAAAGGUCAUCCACAAACACCCACGUCCUGUUAACGCCCGAAGAAGAAGAAGAUCCCCCCGACGAUGAUGAAAAAGUAACCGACGGUCUUCAAAGAGCCGCCACACCUUGCUCCGUACUUCGUUUGCUUGAGGAGAAUCCAUCACCCGCUCCUCAUGAUGAUCAUUACCAAUUCAAUGAUGUUUACUCUUUCGUAGGUUCCUGCAAUGGCUUGAUUUGCUUGCGUUUUUUUACUGUUAGUGGCAGAGGUAAUUUUGAAUACUGGGUACGAUUUUGGAACCCAGCCACAAGGAUCACGUCCCAAGAAUCUCCACACUUACGUCUCCGUCGACGCGAUUAUAUGCUUUUAGAGGAUUAUGUGAAGUUUGGGUUUGGUUACGAUGAUGUGAGUGACACUUACAAGGUGGUGGCACUUGUCUUCAAUACUAAAUCGCAAAAUUGGGAGGUGAAAGUUCACUGUAUGGGAGAUACUUGUUGGAUAAACAUUUUAACUUGCCCUGCUUUUCCCAUUAGUCGGAGGUUACUCGAUGGACAUCUUGUCAGUGGCACCGUUAACUGGUUAGCAUUUCGCAUGUUGGGUAUUGAUUAUGAAUGGAACAAUGUCACUGUCCAUCAAUUAGUAAUUUUUUCAUAUGAUCUAAAGAAGGAGACUUUUAAAUAUUUGUCGAUGCCUGAUGGUGUUUCUCAAGUUCCUGAUUAUCCUCCUAAGAUUGGGGUUUUGAAGGGUUGCCUGUCUCUUUCCUACACUCACAGGAGAAGAACCCAUUUCGUUGUUUGGCUAAUGAGGCAAUUUGGAGUUGAAAAAUCCUGGACUCGGUUGUUGAAUGUAAGUUAUCUGAAUUUUCAACUCUCUCCAACUAACGAAUUAGAUUGGUUGCCGACCACGCCUUUGUGCAUCUCUGAAAAUGAUGAUAUGAUGUUGCUGGCAAACUGCGUGUAUGAUGAAUUUGUUCUCCAUAAUCGAAGAGAUAAUAGAAUAGACAGUAUUGGAAGUUUCGACGGCAAAGUGCCAAUGUGCUCCUAUGAUUAUGUUCCAAGCUUGGUUUUGCCAUAUUGUAAUUAAGCUACCUUGCACUUGCUUGCUUGUAUGAAUGUAAAUUAUGUUAAUGGUUUCAGAACCUUGGCUAUUUAAUGUAUGGACACGGCAGAGAGUGUGAAUACUUUUGGUGGUUCCUUAAUUUGAUUACUUUGUUUGAUGAUUCUAUUGGCUAUUGCUAA